GCGCGUAGCAGCCAAGUCUUACGCCACCCGGCGCACGUUAGCGCUGUCCCAAUCUUCUUGGGCUUCGCCACUUGCCACCAGUCUUCUCCUCUCCUCUCUCUCUCUCUCUCAUAAAACCAGUUUCUAUUAGAGGAAAAUUCUGAGAAAUUGGAGAAGGAAAAUUCUGAGCAAUUGGAGAAUUUUGCGCUCUCUCUCUCUCUCUCUCUCUCUCAUAAAACCAGUCUCUCUCUCAUAAAACCAGUUUCUAUUAGAGGAAAAUUCUGAGAAAUUGGAGAAUUUUGCUUGCGCAAUUUCGCUUCCUAAGGUGACAAUUAGCCGCUACGCCAUUGAAUUUCGGAGAAGUUGUCAUUGUUCUAUUUGUUUCUUCUUCUUCCUCUUCUUCGGGAGGUCUUUUGAUCCUCAUAUUGUUCGGAAAUUCUUGGCCUUGCUCGAUUUUCAGAGCCGUUUGGAUUAAUAUUGCAGUAUUACGACUAUUAUUGGGUUUAAGUGUAACUUUUAACCACAAUAACGACAUUGUGCUGGUAGUGGUAUAUGCACCUUGAUCUCACCAUGGCUCAUGCUGGUUCGAUGCGGUUGUCUCGUGACUGCGGAAUUCACUAUACUCAUGGACGCUGUAACCAACACACUUAUGUGUUGGGAAAUAGUCGAACGAAUUUUUCUGGCAUCAAUCUUUCUUCACAUAGUUUGAGACAGGAUUCUUGGAGUCUUCAUCUUUUAGGCUGCAUACGUGGUCCAAUAGGUCCAGUGUCUUCCAAGUGUAAUGUUCUAUUAUGCAGAUCUGUUUUAGUCCCUGGUGGAGGAACUGAGGUUCCUGUUCUGAAAUCUGCUGCUAUACUUUUGUCAAGAUCAUACAUUGCUUUACGAGGAAGCCCUCUUGUACUUAAGUUGAUUUCAGCAGUUGGUAUUAUUGCUUUUGCUGCUUGGGGUCUUGGGCCACUUGUACGUUUGGGAAGGGUCAUAUUUUUUAAUAGGAGUGAUAGUAAUUGGAAGAAGAGUACUUCACACUACGUUAUGACAUCAUAUAUUCAGCCCUUGCUGCUUUGGACUGGAACAACACUUAUCUGCAGAGCAUUGGAUUCUGUAGGCUUACCUACCGACGUGAGCCAGGCUGUCAAGCAGCGGCUUUUAAAUUUUGUACGGUCAUUGUCGACAGUGCUAGCGUUUGCUUAUUGUUGGUCAAGCUUGAUUCAACAAGUUCAAAAGGUCUUUAUGGAGACACAUGACUCAAGUGGUGCAAGAAAUAUGGGUUUUGAUUUUGCUGGGAAAGCUGUUUAUACUGCGGUAUGGGUUGCUGCGGCAUCAUUGUUUAUGGAACUGCUGGGAUUCUCUACCCAGAAGUGGGUAACUGCUGGAGGUCUUGGUACAGUAUUGCUCACUCUUGCUGGUCGCGAGAUAUUUACGAACUUCCUUUCAAGUGUAAUGAUACAUGCUACACGUCCAUUUGUUGUGAACGAGUGGAUCCAAACUAAGAUUGAAGGCUAUGAAGUUUCUGGUACUGUCGAGCACGUGGGUUGGUGGUCUCCAACUAUUAUAAGAGGUGAUGAUCGUGAAGCAGUUCACAUUCCAAAUCACAAGUUCACUGUAAAUGUUGUGAGGAAUCUUAGCCAGAAGACUCAUUGGCGCAUCAAGACUCACGUAGCCAUCAGUCACUUGGAUGUCAAUAAGAUUAAUAAUAUUGUAGCUGAUAUGCGCAAGGUUUUAGCAAAAAAUCCUCAAGUAGAGCAGCAAAAGUUGCAUAGAAGGGUUUUUCUGGAAGAUAUCAGUCAAGAAAAUCAGGCUCUUAGGAUUUUGGUAUCUUGCUUCGUAAAAACCCCACAUUUUGAAGAGUAUCUCUGUGUCAAGGAAGCAAUACUCAUGGAUCUUCUUAGAGUUGUCAGCCAUCACCGGGCCAGGCUUGCCACACCCAUCCGCACAGUUCAGAACAUACACAGUGAGGCUGAACUGGAAAACGUGCCAUUUGCAGACAGCAUUUUCUCUCGUUCCAGGGGGACUGCCAACCGUCCAUAUUUACUGAUUGAACCAUCUUAUAAAAUUAACGGUGAUGAUAGAACAAAAACUUCAAGUCGUUCUGCCUUGACAAAUGAAGACAAGGAAGCUCAGACUGAAGCAGAAUUAACAUUCGGCUCCAAGGCAGAUGCCAAGGCUCGAUCAUCGUCGAGUAUUGGCUCCAAAAAUGAUGAUCAGGUUAAAGUAACAUCAGACUCUAACUCUAGUAUAGAAUCUAAGAAUUCUGAAGUUCCUACAUCUGAACCGCAAAUCCGAAAUUUAUCAUCCGAUGGUUUGUCUCCCCAGCACAAGAGUACAGAAUAUGCUGGGAAAGAGACCGUUAUGAGUAAUUCUAAAGAUGCAUCUCUACCAGUGGACACACCGAAGAACUCUCCAUCCACUUCGGCUGAAUCUGACAGUGGAAAAACGGAUGCGCCUUUGGCCAACUUACAGGCAAAGCAAUAUGUUGAGAGACCUAAUGCACUGUCAUCGAUUGCUAGGCCUCCAUUGGAGGAGAAUCUUGUUCUUGGUGUUGCUCUAGAUGGCUCAAAGCGGACACUUCCCAUUGAGGAAGACAUGAUAGGAGCGCCUCCUGCUGAAACAAAAGAACUAGCUGCUCACAACAGUGGCGGUUUGUCUUCGAUUACCAAGGAUAUGAAAGAUGGCGGCUUUCCUAGCGCUGGGCCAUGACUGGUAGAACAAAUAAGGUGACCGUUCGUUGAUUGCUGUAGUUGUAACCUGCGCCAUUAAUGAUUGUAGUUAUACCGAAAUGAAUGCAGCUGAGUUUUUGAAGCUGCCAUUACAUUAUAUUUGAUUGUAAAUAAGUAUCCAAGUAGGUACAUGAAGAAUUUAUGAGCCUUAAUGUAAAAACAAAAAGAAAAAAAAAAAAGAAAAAGAAGCAAUUCUUCUAUUCUAUUAUUUUUUGGUAUGAACUGUCCCUGUUGCUCUGUUCUGGCAGAUUCUGCUCAAGGGAGAACUUACCUUGGUGAUCUGCAAAAAAAGUUUCUCGCGUCCUUUAUUCUCACAAUUGC